AUUGUUGGAGCUGAAACCUGCAGGAGUGAAGCUCUCCAUAAGCAUGGUUGGUUACUUCUGUGCUAGAGACUUACAACCGCAAAACUCGACUAAGGACUAACAACAGAGAAAAUAACUGUUACUUAAAAGAAGAAGAAGAAGAAGCAGCAACAACAACAACAACGUGAAUCUAAAUCACGACUUUAACGCUGAAGAAUGGCUUCAGUGAAAACAGUGUCUGUGGAACAUUUCUCUUGUCCAGUUUGCUGUAAAAUCUACAAGGAUCCUGUUGUGCUGUCAUGUAGUCACAGUUUCUGUCAAGAGUGUCUUCAAAAGUUCUGGAUUACCUGCAACACUCUAGAGUGUCCUGUUUGCAGGAGAAGAUCGUCCAGAGAUGAUCCUCCUUGUAAUCUUGUUUUGAAGAACUUGUGUGAGUCACUGACAGCAGACAGAGCUUCAGGAUCUGAGCUGGUCUGCAGUGUGCACAAUGAGAAACUUAAACUCUUCUGUUUGGAUGAUGAACAGCCUGUGUGUCUUGUGUGCAGAGAUUCACAAAAACACACCAAUCACAGGUUCAGACCCAUUGAUGAAGUUGUUUUAUCUUACAAGGAGGAGCUCAAAAAAGGACUGAAGUCCUUUCAAGAGAUGCUUAAACACACCAAAAACCUUAAAGAAAAGUGUGAUCAAACAAUCCAGCACAUCAAGAGUCAGCGUGAGAGCACGGAGCGGCAGAUUAAAGAGGAGUUUAGGAAGCUUCAUCAGUUUCUGCACGAUGAAGAAAAAGCUUCAGUCUCUGCACUGAAGAAGGAGGAAAAGCAAAAGAGUGAGAUGACAAAGAAGAAGAUUGAGGAGAUGAACAGACAAAUCUCAGCUCUAGCAGACGUUAUAAAAGAUAUAAAAGAAAAGAUGAAUGCCAGUGACAUUGUAUUUCUACACAGCUUUAAAGGCAUCAAGGAAAGAGCUCGGAGUUCACAGCAGGAUCCACAGAUGAUUUCAGGAGCUUUGAUUAAUGUGGCAGAUCAUCUGAGAAACCUCACCCUCAGAGUCUGGAAGAAGAUGCAGCAACUUGUUUACAACACUCCUGUGACUCUGGACCCAAACACUGCAAAUUCAUGUCUGAUUCUGUCCGAUGAUCUGACAAGUAUGAAAUGCAGGGCUUGUAGUCAACUGGUUCCUGACAAUCCAGAGAGAUUUGACCCAUAUGCUUGUGUUCUGGGUUCAGAAGGCUUUAACUCCGGAACACACUGCUGGGAUGUGGAGGUCAAAGACAAUUCGGACUGGAUUAUAGGAGUAACUACAGAAUCAAACCAAAGGAAAAAAGAGUUUUUUAAAACCAACACCUGGUGUGUGGUACAGAGAUGAAAAAUAUUCCACACAGGCUCUAGGGCAUUACAACACUUUUUCAGUAAAAGGGAAACUUCAGCGUCUGAGAUUAGAGCUGGACUGGGAAAGAGGAAAACUAUCAUUCUGUGAUCCUGUAACCAACACAAAUUUACAAACACUCAUAAUCACCUUCACAGAGAGAGUCUUUCCGUUCUUCUAUAGUUCUGAUGUUCUUUCUCCUCUAAGGAUUUUACCAUCUAAAGUUUUUGUGAGUUUUUGGGGAACAUAAAAAGGCGGUAACCUGUUAAAGAAGGAAUAAAUGCGUUUAUAAAAUUAUGUUUGGUUUACGUGCUAAAAAAUGCAAAUCUAGAAUAAGUAGACAAUGUUUGAGCUGAUCCUGUCAUAUUAAAAAUGUUAACAAUGAAAA